GGGUGGAGAGCUGUGUGCACUCACGAGUGAUAGUACACAACUGGACACUGAACCAUCCCGACACGCAAGUUCAUAUUAAACAUUUCAGGGUGAAGGAUAAGGAUGUCAGUGGCCGGAUUGAAGAAACAGUUUCACAAAGCCAGUCAGUUACUAAAGGAAAAGAUCAAUGGGGUUGAAGGGACAAAACUGGAUGAAGAAUUCCUCAAUAUGGAAAGGAAAACGGAUAUUACUCACAAAUUGAUUCUUGACCUUGUUCCAAAAACAAUAGGAUAUCUUCAGCCAAACCCAGCCUACAGAGCAAAACUCAGCAUGCUCAACACAGUCUCUAGAAUACGUGGGCAGAUGAAGGCUGUCGGAUAUCCACAGACUGAGGGCAUUCUUGGAGAUUGUAUGCUCCGCUAUGGCUGUGAUCUUGGAAUUGAGUCUGGUUUUGGUUUUGCUCUGAUUGAAAUGGGAGAGGCGUUGAAACAAGUAGCCCAGGCAAGAGACUGUAUGGAUAUCCGAGUGAAGCAAACCUUUAUUGAUCCUCUGCAGUCACUACAGGACAAAGAACUGAAGGAAAUUGGGUACCAUUUAAGAAAACUUGAAGGCCGUCGUUUAGAUUUUGAUUACAAGAAGAGGCGUAAAGGAAAGAUUGCAGACUCUGAGAUAAAGAAGGCAUUCGAGAAGUUUGAAGAAUCCAAAGAUCUGGCUGAGAGAAGCAUGUUUAUCCUCUUAGAGAAAGAUGCAGAACGGAUGCAAUAUCUCUCAGGUCUCACAGAAGCAAUAAUAGACUACCACCGCCAGUCAUGCCAGAUUCUAGAAAAUCUCAGGAGCAAUUUGCAGACCAGGAUAACAGAUGCAAGCAAUCAACCCAAGAGGGAAUUUGCAUCAAAAUCAGUUGCAAACACAAUGUGCUACACAGAUAUUUAUGGGGUUUCCACUUGUUCUUCUGGACAGUCAUCAGCUACUGAGGUUACUGAAGCUUUGAGUGAAAAAUAUGCUCCUGUUGUGAUUCACCCCCCUGACAAGGUAGCCACGAAAACCCACACUACAGUGAAUCCAGUUAGCAACUAUGAAAGUGGUUCCCCAUUGGAUCAGCCUUGCUGUCAGGCACUUUACAGUUUCCAGCCAGAAAACCAGAGAGAGCUGGGCUUUAAGGAAGGUGACAUCAUCAUUCUGACCAGCCAGAUAGAUGAGAACUGGUAUGAGGGUAUGCUCAGAGGGGAGUCUGGCUUCUUUCCCUUGAACUACGUCAAAGUCCUUGUACCUCUGCCAAAAUGACAGCAGGAAGACAUUGCAGCUGGACAGCAUGAACUAUUCCUGGUUUCAGAGAUUCAGAAUCUUUAAAUAUUUGAUCAAGGUUAAUGAAGAAUAUCAUUACCUACGUAUGUUAUCACUAUGCAAAUUCAUGUACUUAAACCUUGUAUUCCUCUAUUUCAUUAAUUGUUUUUUACAAAUAUCUAAAUGCAAUGUACAUUGGUGCGCUGCUAUAUUAAAUGUUUAGCAUAAAUACCCUCGAUAUGUUCACACACAUGAUGUUGCUAUGAACCUGCCUGUGUUUAAUAUUUUUUACUUUUCAUUUAAAAACACUUGGAAAACUUUGAACAUAUUCCUUCUCAGGAGUGCUUACCAUUGUCUUGUAUUUCUUUUAACUUCUUUAAUGUUUUAAAUAAAUCCCAAGAUGUAUUAUACACUGAAGCUCAAUUAUGG